CAUGACUUACCUCACAGGAGCCUACACAACACAAAAAACUGUUGUUGCAUGUAGGUUUUAUUUUAUUUGUUUUUUAUCUUAUAUUUUGGAAAUGUGCAUCCAGUUUUUCCCCCUUUAAUUUUUUUGGGGGCCCCCAAGAGAAUGGGGUCCUAAGCUAUAGCUUGUUUAGCUUAUACGUAAAUCCGGUACUGACUGCGUCCAAGCCCUGGAACCGAUCCACAUUCAGCAAAUGACUACAGUGGUACCUCGGGUUAAGUACUUAAUUCGUUCCGGAGGUCCGUUCUUAACCUGAAACUGUUCUUAACCUGAAGCACCACUUUAGCUAAUGGGGCCUCCCGCUGCUGCCGCGCCGCCAGAGCCCUAUUUCUGUUCUCAUCCUGAAGCAAAGUUCUUAACCUGAAGCACUAUUUCUUUAUUAGCGGAGUGUGUAACCUGAAGCGUAUGUAACCCGAGGUACCACUGUACUUGUGAAGCCACACUGUUAUUCUGUUCAGCCACCUGGUCUCAAACUGUACCACCCACGCAGAGGCUGGGUUUCUUCACAAAGGAAAUGGGGUCAGGAUGAUCUCAGACCCUUUUUCUCAAGGUUGCCGUUUCAAACGCUGGCUCGGGCGCAGCUGACGACUUUGGGGGAUGCAGUUCCCGCAGUGCCUCGUUUUGAUCUGCACAGCAGUAUUACCAGUCCAGUUACUCUUACUGUACCAGACGGAGCCGUUCCAUUUUGUGGAUACCGGGAGCCCAGCCCAACUUGAGUGCUUUUCUACAGAAAGCGUGGAAGACAAAGGCUUGUCCUUCAGCUGGUAUAAAAGGAGAGAGGAUGGCAUACCCCUUUUAAUUAAAAAAUGCUCAGGGAAGGAAGAUGGAGGCAGGUUUGCUUGCAAGGCAGAAGGAAAAAAUCUGGUCUUGGCCAUCACCCUGGUCCAAAAGGAAGAUUCUGGCCUGUAUAUGUGCGCAAAGAGAAAUCCCACCUUGACUUUCAGCAAUGGGUCCUCACUGGUUGUUGGAGAUAGCUACACCCAGAGCACCUGGGUGACGCUUUUGCAGCCUGCUCCACGUGAAGCAUCUCAAAUCUUGCAGAGCAACGAAAUGGCUUGUGUGGUCCACGGCGCUUCCAGCUUCGUCCAAGUGUCCUGGGACGUUCCUGGACAUCUCCGUCCAGAGACGCUGCUGAUGAGAAGCAACCGCAGUUCUUGGACGUUCGUCAGUGUCCUUCACGUCCCCCUGGAUUUGAACGCGAGUACCGCGAAUUUCACCUGUGAGGUCAGGUUCAACUCCUCAGGCACCGCUGUCAGGAUGAACGCCGAAUUCCCUGUGGCUCCCUCUGCAGUCGUAGACAACAAAUGUCUCAGCUUCUCAGUGUCCUUGUCUCUCCUGGCUGUUCUGACACUGCUGAUGCUUCUCUUAAGCUUCCUUCGGAUUCGACGCAGCCGCUCCAGGCUAGGAUCCCAAUACCAGGACUCUGAACCUUCAUCUUCAGAGGUAAUAAAGGAAGGCGCUUGCUAUGCCCAGCUAAAUCUUGCUUCGAGGACCUAAGAAAAGAACGAGGCAGCGAGUAUCAGAAGUGGCGGGGGGCUGGGAUCAAAAGACUCUGACAUGCUGUGGCAGCUUUUUGGAUUCUGAUCUGCGAGGCUGGGAGGAUAGAAAUGUCGGGGUCUCCGCUCGGCCAAGCUGAUAAAGCUCAUCUUCCGGAAUCGCCCUCCCGACGAAUAAUUAACAACCUGAGCCUUUGAUGAGGCUCCAAGGCACAUUCCCCCAUACAGCAGAGUUUCCAGCAGCAUGUGAAAGUGAUGAGAUUUAUGGCUACAUUGCAAAGGGUUUUAUUUCUCGCUCCGCAGACAGAAAAGACACCCUCUCUCUGUGAAAGCAGAGAGCAACCGAAACAACAAACGAACAGGAAACCACUAACGUC